UCCAGUGGUCACGGUGGAAGGAUCAUGGGAGAAGCAGAAGGGAAGAAAGAUGAGGCUGAUUAUAAACGCCUACAGACCUUCCCUCUGGUCAGGCACUCAGACAUGCCAGAGGAGAUGCGAGUGGAGACCAUGGAGCUGUGUGUCACGGCCUGUGAGAAAUUCUCCAACAACAAUGAGAGUGCCGCCAAGAUGAUCAAAGAGACGAUGGACAAGAAGUUCGGCUCCUCCUGGCAUGUGGUGAUCGGCGAGGGCUUCGGGUUUGAGAUCAUACACGAGGUGAAGAACCUCCUGUACCUGUACUUUGGGGGGACGCUGGCUGUGUGCAUGUGGAAGUGCUCCUGACACUGUCCCUGCCCUGCCCCCGCCCUGCAGGGCUUUCCCCUGCCCCUCCUCUUGGUGGGGACCAGCCCAGGCAGGGCUGAGUUUUCUGAAGGAGACCGUGGGGUCUUUCUUUUGUCCUGUGUACCUGUGUCCUGAGCCAGGCCCAGUGUGUGAAUUUUUCGACAUCUCUCUCUCCAGGCUCCCAGCCAUCUCACUCUGAGUCCCAGGGUGUGAGAGGCAGCAGGCAGUGGUCUCCAUGCAGGGAGGCCGGGGGCAUGUGACAGGGUAGGAGCAUGGGGAGGUGGAACUUCUCUCGCAGGGACAUGCCAGCCCCACAUCUCUCGGGGCUGCACCCCUUGCAUCCAGGAACCCCCUGCC